AUGAGCGGCGGCGGUUCGGGGGCGGCGCCGGCUGCGGAGAGCGGGGGCGCCGGAGAUUCCAUCAGGCGUCUCCAUGACCGGCUCGAGUCGAUGCUGCCGCGGGUGGAGGCGCUCGCCGCCGACCGCGCGCGCGUGGAGGAAACCAACAGGGCCCAGCACGAGCUGCUGGGAGCCCUUUAUGCCCACCUCCUCCAGGCGGAGGCGAGCAGGGAUAGGUGGAAGGCGGCCUACACUGAGCUUCAUCCCGGUACUAAUCCCAAGCUCGCCGAACUUCAAGAGAGAGACGUGGUGGAUUCCCAAGCCUGUGAAACUCUUCCUGAUUCCAAUAACUCUCAGCUGCAGGAGACUAGUGAGGAUACCAGUGAAAUGGAGCUUGAACAGAACACGAUGCAGAUCUUUGUCAAGAUCAACUUUUCAUAUUUUCGCAAAAAAAGAAAGAUCCACUGUUUAAAGACUGUCAGUCUUGAGCUCACGGGAUCACAUACGAUCUUCGAUGUCAAGGAUAAGAUUCAAGACAAGGAGGGCAUCCCUGCACGCAAGCAGAGACUCAUAUUUGGCAGUAAGCUGCUGGUGGGCAGCUGUACGCUGAAGGACUACAACAUCGUGGAGGAGUCUACCCUCAUCCUUGAGUUUGCCCCCCGAGGGAUGCAUGUCUUUGUCAGGACACUGGUUAACACAAUCAUGAAAUUUGAGGUUUGCAGAGAAGAUAGCAUAUACAAUGUGAAGGCAAAGAUUUUCGAUGAAACUUGCAUUCCCCCAGGCAGACAGUGUCUCAUCUUUGCUGGGAAGGCGCUGGAGGAUGGCUGCACCUUGGCUGACUACAACAUGUACAAUGGAUCUAUCCUUUAUCUUGUGGUGCGCUUCCCCAAGUGUCAGGGCGGUCGAAUGCACGUCAUGGUCAGGACACUGACUGACAAGAUCAUGGCUACUGAGGUUGAGGGAGAAGAUAGCAUAUACAGUGUGAAGGUAAAGGUUUUCAAUGAAACUGGUGUUCCCCCAGGCAGGCAGCAUCUCAUCUUUGCUGGGAACGUGAUGGAGGACAGCCGCACCUUGGCUGACUACAACGUGCACAAUGAGGCUACCAUUUAUCUUGUGUUCCGCCUUAUCCGCAUCUUUGUCAGGACGGUUACUGGGAAGAAAAUCUUUGAACAUGCGUUUAUGCAAUCACAGACAAUUGACGACAUCAAAGCAUGGAUAUACUAUCAGGUGGGCAUUCUCCCGGAGCAGCAGCAACUCUCUGACCAGGGCGGCGCCCCCCUGGGCGAGGAGAUCUGUCAUUCGUGCACCCUUGUUCUGCGGAUCCGUCCACCUGGUGAUCAGUGA